GGUUUAAAACAAUUUCGACGUGAUAUUGAAAUGAUGAUUGAUGAACGACCAAAUUGGUAUUGGCGUAUCUGUUGGCUUGUAUUCACACCGAUCAUUUGUUUCUUAUUGAUUAUUGCAAUAUUUAUUUAUUCAACAGAAUUUAAAGAAGGCAAUUAUACAUAUCCACAAUGGGCAUUAAUAUUUCGUCAAAUAUUAGCAGCUAUACCUGUAUUAACAAUCAUUGCAUGGUUUUUAUAUAAAUACUGUAAAGAAGGCGGCUUUGUUUUAAUGAAAGAAUUUUUGAAACCUGUUCAUGAAUGGGGACCGGCUGAGAAAGAAUAUCGUACAGAAUUCAUUUCGAUGAUUAAAUCAAAUGAAUCGUUACAUCGUUCGCGUAUUUAUGAUAUUGGUCCUGGUAAUGCAUCUAUAACAAUGACUCAUGCGAUAUCUAAUAGUCAAAUGAAUUUUAAUUUAGGCGGUUCACUUGUCAGUGGAUUAGCUGUUGCCACUGGGGUAAUGGAUGAUACGAAAUUUUUUCAAAGUAAACUAAAAGUAGCUGAAAAACUUACUGAAGCUCAUACAAAGGAAGUGAUAAAACGAGCUGUUAGUAAUGCAGACUUUGUUCCGUUAGAUCCUAACCUAGCUUUAACAACCAGUCAAACAGCUUUAGCUGCAGCCAGCUCUGCUGUUAUUCUCAACACAUUACAGAAACAAAUUCCAGAAAGUCCUGCUCAAACGUUUACUUCUAUAAAAUUACCGGAACAAAUUGAACGUGGUGAUGAUGAUGAUGAUGAUGAUGAUGAUGAUGAUGACAAUGUUGAUAUUGUCAGAGUUAAACAGAUAACACCAUCACAUCAGAAACAUGAUUCAAAUGAUCAUCAUCUUCAAUCAACAGCACCGCACUGCCUACAACAAAGUCAUUAUCAGGAAGAAAACCAUGAAGUACAUUUCGACAAACUGAAUAAAAUUCAACGUUUGAUUGGUAAAGUUAAAAAUUCUAUUUAAAAUAUUAAAUUGAUUUGAUGAGUUAAAAAGGUGGAUAAAUCUGGAGGUUUCAAAAUAAUAAUAAACUAUAAGAUCUUGUUUGUUUGGAAUUCAUUCUCAGCUUUGCAUGAUUUAUAUUUAUAUAUACUGUUUGUAGUAUUAUUGUUAGAAAUACACUUAAACAUUGAAUCAUAGAAUUCCAAAAUCAAUUCUCGCUCAAAAGAACAUUUGUACACUUUGUUGUAUAUUGUUAUUUACCCUUUAUGUACAAGCAUAUUUUUUAAAUAAAGAUCCUUUAUUUCAU